UAUGAAAAUAAAAAUAUAGUGUCACAUGAGAUUUGAAAAAACAUUUUAAGCAAACGUGAAAACAUUUAAACCAAAGUGGUUUCUAACUCUUACAUAUCCCGCUCCUUUGAACUCAUGCAUUUCCAUUCCUCACUCACUCACUUACUCACUCACUCCUUACACUUCACUCUUCACCACUCUCACUUUUUGUUACUAUGGAAAACUACAAGAAAUCUCCAUUGAAGCCAUGGAAGAAAGGUCCAACAAGAGGCAAAGGUGGACCUUUAAACGCGUCGUGUGAGUAUCGAGGUGUUAGACAGAGGACUUGGGGGAAAUGGGUUGCUGAGAUAAGAGAACCAAAGAAGAGAACAAGGCUUUGGUUAGGCUCAUUCUCCACAGCAGAAGAAGCUGCAAUGGCUUAUGAUGAGGCUGCAAGGAGACUAUAUGGCCCUGAUGCUUAUCUCAACCUUCCACACCUUUAUCAUCAUCAACAACAACAACAACAAAACUCAAUCAAAUCUCAUAACUUUAAAUGGCUUCCUUCAAAGAAUUUCAUGUCAAUGUUUCCUUCUUGUGGUUUGCUUAACAUAAAUGCUCAGCCUAGUGUUCAUGUCAUUCAUCAGAGACUACAAGAACUCAAGCAAAAAUCAUCUCUUACUCAAAUUUCAACUUCUUCAUCUUCUUCUAGUGAUACAAAAUCUGAAACUCAUCAGAUCAAUACAGAGGAAAAAACCCAACAAGGGAAUUUAACAGAGAAGGAGAAGAAUCAUGAUGGUGGUGAUAAUGAGAAGCCUCAGAUUGAUUUACAUGAGUUUCUUCAACAGAUAGGAGUAAUGAAAGGAGAGAGAGAUAGUAAGUUAGAUGAAGAAGAAGAAGCUGAUGAUGAUGAUAUGGGAAAGCAUGUGGCUACUCAAGAUCAGACCUCAUCAUCAUUUGAAGAAAUUCAUGAUCAUGGUCAUGAGCUUGAAGCUUUUACUGACAAGAAUUUCAAUUGGGAUGCCUUGUUUGAGAUGCAUGGUAUAGCUGCAGAUCAUAAUCAUCAUAAUCAUCAUGGUGGUGCAGAAGAAGAAGUUGGUAGCUUUCAAGUUUGUGAUGUUAAUGAAGACUUGAUUUUUCCUACUUCAAUUUGGAACUUCUGAGAUAAUCAGCUGAUUUUGGAUCAAAGACUCUUAUACAUAUAUAUUAAAGAAAAAAUUUAAGAUUUUGUUAAGGGUAAUGUGUUUUUUGCAUUACCCUUUUAUCACUAAGGUAGAAAUCAGCUGAUUUUGAUAUAUAUAAUAUAUAUAUAUAUACAUAUAUAUAAAGAGUGAAAGAGAGAGAGAGUGAGAGUGAGAGUGAGAGAGAGAUUUUCUUUCUAGUAGUAAGGAGUGAGAAUAGAUUAAGUUUGUUGUUCUACUUGUAAACUUAUAUGGUUUAAUAGAAAUAAUAUGGUUUUGUUUAGUUUAUUAUUAUAAAAUGAUUUUCUUUUUGGUCACAUAAUCAUAUAAUACA